UCGCGCGGAGGCAUCCGCAAUUACACGGGAAUGUUUUCCUAGAGAUGUCAGCCUACAAAGGACACAAUCUCUCUUCCUCAAAUUCCGCCCCAAAAUGUCCUUUCCCAACAGCUCUCCUGCCGCUAAUACUUUUUUAGUAGAUUCUCUCAUCAGUGCGUGCAGGAGUGACAGUUUCUACUCCAACAGCGCCAGCAUGUAUAUGCCACCUAGCACAGACAUUGGGACGUAUGGGAUGCAAACCUGUGGACUGCUUCCGUCUCUGGCUAAAAGAGAAGUUAAUCACCAAAAUAUGGGUAUGAAUGUACAUCCUUAUAUACCUCAAGUAGACACUUGGACAGACCCGAACAGAUCUUGUCGAAUAGAGCAACCUGUUACACAGCAGGUCCCCACUUGUUCCUUCACUACAAAUAUUAAAGAAGAAAGCAAUUGCUGCAUGUAUUCCGAUAAGAGAUCCAAACUCAUUUCUGCAGACGUCCCUUCCUACCAGAGGCUGGUGUCUGAAUCAUGCCCCAUUGAGAACCCCGAGGUUCCCGUCCCAGGAUAUUUUAGACUGAGCCAGACCUACGCCACUGGGAAAACCCAAGAGUACAAUAAUAGCCCUGAAACGAGUUCAACUGUAAUGUUACAGUUAAACCCUCGCGGCAGCUCCAAACCGCAGAUAUCUGCUCAACUUCAGCUGGAAAAGAAAAUGAAUGAAAACCCGAACAGCCAAGACAGCACCGCUAAAGUCUCUCAAGUGGAAAGUCCCGAGCCCAAGUCCACGUUGCAAGACGAGCGGAGCUGCCUGCCUGAAGGCUCCGUGUCCAGCCCAGAAGUCCAGGAGAAGGAGAGUAAAGAGGAAAUCAAGUCUGAUACUCCGACAAGCAAUUGGCUAACUGCAAAGAGUGGCAGAAAGAAGAGGUGUCCUUACACUAAACACCAAACACUGGAAUUAGAGAAAGAGUUCUUAUUCAAUAUGUAUCUCACUCGAGAGCGCCGUCUAGAGAUCAGUAAGAGCGUAAACCUCACUGACAGGCAGGUCAAGAUUUGGUUUCAAAACCGCAGAAUGAAGCUCAAGAAGAUGAGCAGGGAGAACCGAAUCCGGGAACUGACCGCUAAUCUGACCUUCUCUUAAACCCUAACCCCGGGGGGGACACCAGUGAGGAGUGGGCACAGCACCGCCACUUGUUAAAGGCAGGAGAGACUCUGGCAAAACCCGGCAUUUCCCAGUUUUGUUUUGUUUUGUUUUGUUUCUGAUAGAAUGUGACUCUUCGUCCUUCUUUUAGCGCUGCAAGUGAAUAUGUAUUACUAUGAUGAGUAUAUAUAAAACCUAGCACGUGUAAUUUAUUUUUGUUCUCAUCGUAAUGCAGGGUAACUAUUAUUGAAUAUUAUCAUUUGGUCUUAACUUAUUGGAACUGUCGAACAUCCAAGCAAUGUGACUUUUUCAUGUUUUUACUAACAAAAUGGUAUUUAUGUGGGGCUGUUACACGGGCCAUAACGUUUGGAGUACAUUCAAUACUUUAAGAAAAAGAGGGGGGGGAGGGAAACUUUGGGGGCGGGGGGAAAAAGAAGCACAUUAUAAUGUAACUAUCCUCGCAAAUGAACUUCGAGAUUGUCCUUCGUAAAAUGGAAUAUUUCCUUCUUCUCCAUUGUAGACAUUUCCUUGUGGUGCAUAUGUGGAAUAGUAGUCGUUCAGCAGCAAUAUGUCCUUCUUGUGCAUGUUCUGUUCGCAUGUAUAAUGCAAUAAACUCUGUAAACUACUG